AUGGAAGACUCUUCGGAUCAAUCUUUCGAUCUAGAGCCUCCACAUAACGACCAGGGACCGAGAGAUCUGCCUGUGAUUCAUAUCUUGGCACUGACCGAGCAAUGGUACAUGCCCAGCUCACACAUCGACCUCAGAGGAGCUGAAGAGAUUGGAAGAGGCUCAUGUGCCACAGUCUACCGGGCCAGGCUGAAAGAAUCCGGAUCAGAUGUCGCGAUUAAAGAGGUGAUAGUUGCAUCCAGCCUCCAAAAGCAUCCCAACAUUGUCAGCUUCCUUGGGGCCUCGUUCGAAGGGUCGAGCAUACAGAUUGUGUACGAGCUCGUGGAUGGCUGCACAUUGGAGCAGCUGUAUAACGAGGAAUGUUCUGGGAAACGCCCCUCGAUCGACCUGGUCGUCUCAUGGUCGAAGCAGCUGUCUUGUGGCUUAGCGUUCCUUCACGAUGGGAAACCGAGCAUUAUCCAUCGCGACGUGAAGCCCGACAACAUCCUCAUCUCCUCUGACCGCAGCCUCCUCAAGCUUACAGACUUUGGUCUGUGCAAGGUGAUCGAUAACCAAGUUGGUCGUUACUCCUGGCAAGGAGCGCAGGUGACGGGAGAGGGUUCGCAGCGAAUGAGCGGCAAUACUGGAGCCUGGCGGUACAUGGCGCCCGAGGUCUUCAGUGAUGGGCAAGACGGUUAUACGGCUGCGUAUUCGUCAUCAGCGGAUGUGUUCUCGGCUGGAAUGGUCAUGUGGUACAUGUAUCAUGGUGAGCCCCCGCACAUCGCUAUCGAGCCCCGACUGUUGGCUGAACUAACUGCAAGGCAAGGAUUACGACCUUCUCUGGAGAAGAUGCAGCAAGAACACCAGGAGCUUGCAAGGAUCGUAGACCGGCUGCCCGGUCCCACUCGACCUGAUUCCUUGAAGAACUUGCUGAAGCCUCUCAGUGUUAACUCGAAGCCAAGGCCUCGCACUCGUCCUCCUGUCGCUCUUCCUGUCUUCCUUCACUCCCGCGCUGCUUAUUCUCUGGGCUCUCACAUAGGAAUCAGCCCGCACGGCUGGGACCUCCCGUCUGACCCUUACCUGUCCUCCUUCUUCUGUCCGAUGCCAAGCUUCACACCGGCAAGACGGCGACCAUACACGUCAGAUCCGAGAUCUUGUGCAGGUCAGAGAAGCGUAGACAGCGAUCGGUCGCGGGCGGAUCUCUUCAACUUCAAGAGCACGACGCCGCGGCUGAUAGUAGACGACGUUGAUCGAGGAGAGCAGGAGCAGCUUUCCAAGAACAAGCUCAGGAGACGGCCAGCUCGUGACGCUCUUAACCGUGAGGUCGCAGGAGGGAAGAGAUUCGUCUUCCGCAGAAGGAGCCAAACCGAGCGCGUGGACUUGUCGCUGUCCUCAAAUCCUAACGCACAGACAGAAGCUUACAGCUCAAUGGACCCCAAGAAGUUCUUCAAACAUGUACAGAAAGAUAUUACAACAACUUGA